ACAGUCAUUCGCGAGCCCGUGAUGGCAAAUGUCGCGACGAUUUUGACGCUCUUUUCCCUGCUAAGUUUAGGAUCGUUUUAUAACUAUCCUAUAGAUCAUGGCUAUAACAUUUUCGUUCAAAUAGUGGACGCUUUAUGUAAAAACGAUGACGGUUCCGUCGACAUAGCAUGCCGAGUUGCGAUUUAUAGAGAUAUUAUAAAAAUGGAAGGUUUUAACAUUGAUAAAAGAAGCAAGAAGUUGAACUUUUGUGCAAGGACUCCGAUUAGUAGAAAACACGUUUUGACAUCAAGAUAUUGUCCAUCAUCACAAAAUGGUAAAAUUAUCGACAAAGAUUUGGUCAUUUAUGAAUCGGAAAAGGAUAAUAGUGAGUUUGCACAUUUGGCACCGAUUCAUUCUGAGGAAUUAUUCGUCAAGCGAAUGAACAUCGGAAAUCCUUGCAACAUUUAUAGAAUGAAAUCGGAAGAAUAUUAUAUUGGACAGUGCAAUUCUCCGUUAAACAGGAUGGGCGUUGGUUACUAUGCUAACGAUUCAUUAGUUGGAGUACUAAUCAAAGAUAUUGGUAGUUGGGUCAUUGUUAAACCUCUAACCGAUAAAAACAUGGAAGAAAUAUGUAAAUUUCUUGGAAGCGAUUACGUUUCGGAUCAAUGGGAAUCUUGCUCGAAUUAUAUAAAAUAA